AUGGCAUCGCUCGCGUCGUCUGCUCUCCUGCCGCGCGCUGCCGUUAGACCGCGAUGCGCCGCGCCAUUCCCCGCCUCUCGUCUCUCCGCCGCCUCCGCGCUCGGCGGACGGAAAUGCCUUCCGCCACUCCCCGCGCUCUCCGUAAAGCGACGCGCCACAUCUGUGCGCGCCGCUGCCGCUCCAGCGGCGCCGGUGGCGACGACGGCGGCGAUGGUAAAGAGCGGCGCGCUGACUAACCUCGCGCAAUCCGUCUACUCGAGCGUACUGCCAGCGGGGUUCGCGGCGGGCCUUGGGCUCACGGAAGUGUCGGUUGUCCUUUUCCUCCGCGAGAGCAUCGUCGGGCUGGCCACGCUCGUCGUCAUCUACUGCGCGCCGCAGAUCUGCCGCGCGCUCAACCACGUGUGGGCGACGUACGUGAUGGCGGACGAGGAGGUGACGGAGGAGGAGUUCAGCGACAGCAUGUUCGGCGCGCUCGUCCGCCCCAUGCAGUUCGCGCUCGCUUCUGCCUUCCUCACGCGCCAUCUGCACAUGCUGGUACCGGCGCUGAGGCAGGCGGCGCAGGCGGCGCUGAUGGCGAGGGCGAGGGGCGUGGCGCUGGUGGUGGCGGCGGCGUGGUUUGGCAUCGGGUGGAAGGACCGCAUCCUCAAGCUCGUGGCUGACAAACGCCCCGAGGACAAGCCGGUGCUGGCGAACGUGAGUGCGGUGCUGACGCUGCUUCUGCGGGUGUUGGCGGGCAUCACCAUCGCUGACAUGUGCGGCGUCAGCCUCAAGUCGCUCAUCGCCAUCGGUGGCAUCUCAGGUUUCGCGUUGGCGUUUGCAUCUGAGAAGGUGGUGACCAACUUCUUUGGCGGGCUCGUGCUGGUGCUCACACAGCCGUUCGCGGUGCGCGAGAAGAUCAAAGUGGCGGGGCUGAAGGGCAAGGUGCAGGAGAUCGGCUUCCUGCACACGACGAUUGAAGGCGAUGAUUUGUCGCCCAUCAUCAUUCCCAACUCCAUCUUCACCUCCGCUGUGAUCACAAACCUCACGCGCGCGGGCUGCAAGACACUGGAGGCGGCGUUCGUGCUGCGCCACGAGGACGUGCCGCGAGUGAAGGCCAUCACGCACGCCCUCACGGCAUACCUGCAGCAGCACCCCCGGGUGGACCGCAGCAAGGGCCCCGCCAUGGGGUAUCUGAAGCAGCUCACUGGGUCGGGGCUGCAGAUCGGUGUUGUGGCGUCUAUCAAAGACAUGAGCAAGGGCAAGUUCCUACCGAUACAGCAGGAGAUACUGGAGAAGAGCGUGGAGAUCAUUCUGGCGGAGGGCGCACUGCUGGGCGAGAGCGCGCCCUAUGUGCCCUCCGCCUCCAAUGGCGCCGCUGCCUCCUCCUAUGCCGCGCGCAAGAACCUCCUGUGGCAGCGCCACCGCCGCAGCGCCGCACUCCAGUAG